UUUCUUUUACGUUAUUAAUACGCUGCUAUCCAUCGAGAGAAAAAUGAAGAAUUUCUGGUUCCCCUUAAUUGUUGCAUUGGCUCUAUGGGCAUCUGCAUGCACCGCCCAAGACAAUGUUACCGAAAGCGUCGACGAGGUUUUUAUUCAGCACGUGCAAUCUAAACUUUUCCUCGAUAAAGAUGGAAAAUUAGUAAAACCCAAAGGAGUAGCCGCACGGUUCACUUUCAGUCAAUUUGGCGCAGCAAAGGACUACAACUAUGCAGUUUUGGUUUACCUCUCGGGUCAGCCACUUGAAGUUAAGGGAAGUUGCGAAAAAGGCAGUCAAGUUGGCAUCGGCAAAAUCGAGACGGAUGACAAAAAGCAAUUAUUCCACAUUGACGAAAAAAAUGUCUGGCAGAGCAGUUGUAAUCCGAAGUUGUAUAUCGCUCCUAACGAAGACAAGACGGGUUUGAUUUUGAAGGAAAAAGGGGACAGCAUGGAUGAAUUCCAAUACGUCACCGUAAUGUAAUAAAUGUUAUUAGACGUUAUUUGAAAUAAAGAAUUAUGAAUGAAUUU